AGAGAGUGUUAGCAGUGAAGGGAGUGGGGCGGGCUGAAGCAAAGCGAUCAGUCACUUCAACUUUGCAGUGCAUAAAGGUUUUCUGCUCAGGAUUCAUAACAACUGUUUGUGUGCAGUUAGAAAAGGAUUAAUAUCAACUACCUAAAUCUUAAAAAAGGGACAAAGCAAAAAAAAUGGAAGAUUUCUAUUAUCAUGACGAUGAAGACUCCAGCUUAAAUGACAGUUACGAUUACAAUUACGAACACAGUCUCUGUGACAAAGAGGCAGUGCGUUCUUUUGCCAGCGUCUUCCUCCCAGUCAUCUAUGCCUUGGCUCUGGUGGUCGGUCUGGCUGGGAAUGCCCUGGUAGUGGUGGUCUACACAUCAAGGUUACGCCUACGAACCCUGACAGAUGUGUGCAUCCUUAACCUUGCCAUUUCGGACCUGUUGCUUCUCUUCACCCUGCCCUUCUGGGCUGCUGAUGCUGUCCAUGGCUGGAAGCUUGGGUCGGCAGCCUGCAAACUCACCUCCUUCCUCUACAGUACCAACUUCAGCUGUGGCAUGCUGCUGCUGGCAUGUAUCAGUGUGGAUCGCUACCGCGCUGUAUCCCAAAAUCCAGCGGGCAGGACUGGGACAAGUACCCGGAUAAGAAGACAGUGGCUCCUGGUGUGUGUGGUUUUGUGGGCUGUAGCCAGCUUCCUUGGUCUUCCUGAACUUAUCUUCUCCACAGUGAAACACUCCCACCAUAGGACGGCCUGUACAGCCAUCUACCCACCCAGCAUGGCAAGGCCUGCAAAGGCUGCCCUGGAGCUGAUGGAGGUGACCCUUAGAUUCUUGCUACCUUUCUUGGUCAUGGUAGUGUGCUACUGCUGGGUAGGGCGGGCUCUGAGCCAGGCAGUUGGGGUGCGGAGAGACCGGAAAUGGCGCACGCUGCGAGUGCUGCUGGCCGUGGUGGCCGUAUUCCUGCUCACCCAGCUACCCUACAACGUGGUAAAGUUGGUCCGAGCGAUGGAUGUCAUCUACAUCCUUGUGACCAACUGUGAGGUCAGCAAGGGCCUGGAUCACGCUGUUCAACUGACAGAGAGCCUGGCACUGACCCAUGCCUGCAUUAACCCUGUCCUCUAUGCCUUCAUCGGAUCCACCUUCAGGGGACACGUCCUCAAGGCCGCCAAGCACCUCGGCCAGCGUCUUGGGAAACACCCAAGAGGUGUCAAUGAGGAGCCGGCAGUGGAGAUUUCACUGAACACACGUGCCCCAAUGCAAUCCCAAUCUGACUCAGAAGACCAAGACACAAGCACCUUUACUAUUUAAACACUCAAAACUAACUCUAAACACAUCUAUUUUCAUGUAAGCACAUAUACAAAAUUAUAUGCCUGUGUAUAUAUAUAUUUACAUAUCUUUUGUAAUACAAGCUAGACAUCAAUAACCAUAAAUACUAAUUGUUAGUGUAACAGAUAUGUAUGUACAGUGAGUUUAUAUGCACUAACAAAACCAAACAUUUUGUAUAAAUUAUAUAUUUUGUUAAAUAAACAUGACAAUGACAUGCA